GAUACACGAGAAGUUUCUAUCUAUACAGAAUUUGUUAUAGCAUCUAAAUAAUUACACUGUGACAUUUUUUUGGUGUAAAGAUUUAUUCCAGGUGAAGACGGAUUGAUGUGUGUUGCAAAAUGUUAUCUUAACAAUCAAUUUUACCAUUGCUGGUAUUGUCCAUCACGUUAUACAGAGCAUUGUGUGACUUUGAUGUGAAUGAAUCAUUACAUGCAGUGGUGGGUAAAUAUUUAGUGGAAAUGUGGAGUCAUUGACUCCAAUGAUAGAAAGAAAAUGUGAUGGCCAUUUGCUUAGUGCCUGAAAUGCGUCACCAAUGUUGGGCGUGUUCUUCACAAUACGGUCCUUAUAGUCCUGAGCUCUGCUACAGAAUAGCCAAAGCAUCAUUCCAGCCAAAAGUUACCCAAAGAGCUCUCAUCUGAAGGAAAAAAAUGCAGGCUGAGGAAUACAAUCGCAGAGGUAAUGGUAGCUUCCCUUUUGCCGCAUUGAAUUAUUUUGCCUGCUGUUUUCCAGCUGUGUCUGUUACUGCUUUAGGUAAGGAGCUGGUGGACUACAUCACACAGUACCUGGGCUCCAUCAGGGAGAGGAGGGUGAUUCCAGACGUGAAGCCAGGUUACAUGAAGGAGCUUCUCCCUGACACCGCGCCUACGGAGCCGGAGGACUGGGAGAGUAUCUUUAAGGACAUAGAGAGAGUCAUCAUGCCAGGGGUGGUUCACUGGCAGAGCCCUCACAUGCACGCCUACUACCCCAGUCUGACUUCAUGGCCCUCUAUGCUCGGGGACAUGCUGGCCGACGCCAUCAACUGUGUUGGAUUCACCUGGGCCUCCAGCCCAGCAUGUACAGAACUGGAAAUGAAUGUGAUGGACUGGUUGUGUAAAGCCCUGGGGCUCCCGUCCUUCUUCCUGCAUUACCAUCCAGACAGCAGAGGCGGAGGCAUCCUGCAGAGCACGGUCAGUGAGAGUACGCUGGUGGCUCUGCUCGCUGCCAGGAAAGACAAAAUGUUGCAGCUGCGGCCUGAGCUGGAGCAGGACGUGGACGACUCGGUCCUGAAUUCAAGACUGGUGGCGUACGCUUCAGAUCAGGCUCACUCCUCGGUAGAGAAGGCGGGUCUGAUAUCUCUGGUGAAGAUCAGGUUUCUGCCCACUGAUGAGCAGUUGUCUCUGAGAGGAGACACUUUAAAACAAGCCAUACAAGAAGACAGGCGGAGGGGACUGGUCCCUUUCAUGCUGUGCGUCACUCUGGGAACUACAGGAGUGUGUGCCUUUGACAACCUGCCUGAGCUGGGACCCGUCUGUGCAGAAGAGGGACUGUGGCUCCAUGUCGAUGCUGCGUACGCUGGAUCAGCCUACUUCUGUCCGGAGCUCCGUUGGUCCCUGGAGGGAAUUGAGUUCGCUGACUCUUUUGUUUUCAACCCGUCAAAGUGGAUGAUGGUCCAUUUUGACUGCACAGCUUUCUGGGUCAAGGAUAAAUACAAGCUCCAACAGACGUUCACUGUUGAUCCAGUUUACCUUAGACAUGAAAACUCCCAUGCAGCCACAGACUUCAUGCAUUGGCAAAUUCCCCUCAGCCGGCGCUUCCGUUCCCUCAAGCUCUGGUUUGUGAUGCGUUCUUUCGGGCUGAAAAACCUCCAGGCUCAUAUCAGGCAUGGGAUUGAGAUGGCAAAGCUCUUGGAGUCUCACAUAAAGAGCGAGCCACAUUUUGAGGUUCCGGCUAAGAGGCACCUCGGCUUGGUGGUUUUCUGUCUGAAGGUACAAACUCGACUGCACAGGAACACAAUCUUUUACUGACUAAUUAUUGCCAAAGGUGAAUUACUGAAUAGUAAGUAAGUAAAUAUCAGAGGAAAGCAAGAGAUCAAUGAGAAGAGCUUAAAGAUUCAAGACUCAAAGUUGCUGAAAACACAUGAUUGUCAUAUUUUGUUUUAUUCCAGGCAGGAAACGCUUUGACCCAGGAGCUGCUGAGGAGACUGACCCGGUCGGGCACCAUGUACCUCAUCCCUGCAGACAUUCACACAAAGCGCAUCAUCCGGUUCACGGUGACCUCGCAGUUCAGCACCGCGGAGGACAUCCUCAAGGACUGGAGCGUCAUCUCCAAAACGGCUUCCGCUCUUCUAGCUGAGACACAGGCUGUGAGUAACGCAGACCAACCAAAAUCGCAGAACGAUGACGUGAUACAAGAAAACCACCACGGUGACUCAGGCACCAGGUCUGAGGAGAGAGAGGAUGCCGUCUCCAGGCUGGACAAGGCCGAGGUGGAGCUGUGGAUUGACAAGGCUUGGAUUCGACCUCGGAGACCGAUGCGAUCUCUCAGCUGCAGCAGCGAGCCUCUGCCUUACACUUGCCUCGGUCCGCUGUCCGGCUAUGACUUUGAAAGGAGGCCUAGUCUGAAAGAUGCAACAGGCGGACCCCCAAAUGGAUCGUCAACGGCCGGAUCCGGUCCCGUGUAUAAGAUCAGGGAGAUGCCUUCAAAUCGUCUUGUUAAACAGGACCUGAAAAAGCUGACAAAGUUCUACAGCGUUCCUAGUUUCUGCAACCAGUGGGUGCAGUGUGCCCGGCACCAGCCCUGCUGCCCUGCGAAGGUUUCACAGGCCACUCAAAAACACUCGUCCUCCACCUGCAGACGAACAAACUGUAUGUGUUCCGCAGCUCCCUCUCCUACUCCACUGGAAACUGCCUCUGCCCCAAAGCUUCAGGAAUGACCUUGAAGCAGUGAAGAGUAGUUGAUACUCGCACAGUACGAUAAUUUACUUCAACAGCUGUGUUGGUGCCGGGCCUCUUGGAAAUGUUCUGAUCAUUCUGUGUCCGUGACUUGGGAUCGCUUAACUGAUUUACAAUCAUGUUUUUUAUCCUGUGAAAUAUUUCAGUACACAAUAUUCCGUAGCUUAUAUUAGUAGUUUGUGAAGCGUGCUAUACAUAAAUGCUCAUUCUGCAGGUAAUAUAUUCAUUUUGCAGCCUCUCUCAUUUAAAUCAAAUGUACCAUUUGGAAAGUGGCAAUCCAAUAAUAAACACCGAACUCAUU